GACCGGCUUGCUAGGCUGAGCUCGAGGGUGGGGUCCCAAUAGCGAACUUGCACCCGCAGCCCCGCCACCUCUACACUAGACCCCCGUACUCUAGUAGACGACAAUAGGAACAUCCGAAGCGAUACCAAGGCAUCUACAAACCCGGAUUGGAUUGAUAUCGAGGGGUAAUCCAGGUCGAAGUACAGUCGCAAUCCAAGCAGUCAGCAUCGACGCCAUCACCGUGCAUCAGGCUACAAGGAACGCGUGCAUUCGAUUCGCCCUAUACGCGCAAUCACAUGAGCGGCCUAGAACCUUCUCUUACACUAUAACCGCCACGCUCGAGCCAGGACUACCAUCGAGAACGUCGACAGUCCAACUUCUUCAAGCUUGCUCAAGAAACACUACAACCAAACAUCCAAAAUGGCCGCAUCGACUGCUACGCUCAGCGAGCUGUCAGAGCAUCUACAAAAGGUCGACCAGGAUCCUACCACUCCGCUCGACACAGAUCUACUUGAGCGAUGCGAGCUCUCCACCAACACCCCAGAAUACCGUAGCCAGAUAUGGAAAGAGACGAGACCUCUCUUUCUGCAGAUGGCGGCGUUACUGCCAACCCUUCAACAAGACCCUACGCCACUCACCCACUUCAUCAUCAAGUUGGCAGAACCAUAUCGAUUUGACGAUAUCAAAGAUAUUGAUUUCGAGAUCGGACUGGAUUUAAAGGCUUCUCCAUUUCACAGUCUCAUCCUGACACUGUUGGAGAAGGCCACCACAAGUAGCACCGAUGCCCAAGCACUUGCGAAUCGGCCAGCGGUCAUGUUGGCCAUCGUCCGUCUGUGGCUGUGCACCCAAGAUGCUGGAGUUGCUACUCAGGCCGAAGAGCUUCUUAUCUCAUUACUGGAAGUGUCGAAGAAUGAGCCCGUAUCGAUAGAUGGCAAGUCUUCGCUACAUACAUAUGGCACUGGUCCUAUGUGGAGGCGCCUGUUCAGUGACAGGGACAUCAGUUCGCUGUACUACCAUUACACAUCUCUCAAGAACCUCACAUCGCCACCUCAACCACUUCUGAACAAACGUGACAAAACCAUUUCACAGGCUAGACUACUGUCAUGGCUACCCCGCGUCGCCGCUAUGGACUGGAAUGCCGUCACGUCCCCGUACGGUCUUGAUACUGAAAAGGAUGUCGGACUGAAGGAAGGCCAGGGCUUGCUUCACUACGCUGCACUGAAGAUGGUCGACAAAGAAGAUGAUAUGCUCAUGCACAUGACUCUACUUCAGUUCUACAGCACAUUGAUCACCACGGUCAAAGCAAAGCCUCAUCUCUCUCACUAUGACUCGAGUCUUGCUCUAGACUUCCUCAUAGAAGAAGGCGUACACAAAGGCAUCGUCGACUUCCAUACCUCAAACAACCCCAGCCUUGACCACUCUUUCUUGAGCAGUCGGACAGCCCAGUACAUCAGCGACUACGCAUUGCAUUAUCCAGAGAACUUCGAGAAAAGCAGCGAGAUGCCUACAAUCCGAAACUACGUCCACCGCAACAUCCGCAAAUGCGAAGCAAGCGACCUGAACAUCAUUGCUUCAAUGCCUCGAUCAACGCUCAUACCGCGAAAAGCUUCAGGACCAGCCUGGGAUGACUGUGUCAUUACCGACAUGCCAAUAACGCGGACGAACCAGGAUGCGCUCAAAACACUUGCAACGAUCUUCCACGGUCCGCCAAAAGAAGAAAUCACAUUUCCCCAAACCGAAACCAUAGGUUCAGACAACAAACGCACACAGACCGAAGCAGCAUACGCCCGCCUCCUCACCGCCCUCUUUUACAGCAAGAAACCAAGCAUGUUCGCCGAUAUAACCACACAUAUGGAAACCAUCGCCAUGAAAGAAAACGCCCUCGCAGCCCUGACCCUCGUCGGCGCCCUUAUCACCUCGACUUGGUCCACCGAGCCACUCCCCAACAUCCCCGCCAGCGACCCGACCUAUGCCCGUCUAAACUCCUUCCCCGAAUCCGGUGUCGAUCUCAUCUUAGAUCCCACUAUCAGCGGCGGCGUCCUCCCUUCACUGCUCAAGCCAGCGACAACCUUUUCCAACCUCGUGGGCGGACGUGGCGAUGCGGAGAACGCGGCGUAUAUCGUUGCGACAGCGAAGUUUGAGGUGUUGAAGACGCUGGGGAGGAAGCUGGAGCAGGAUGGUGGGAGGCAGGAUGUGCUAGCUAUGGUGAGGAGGAGGGUUGGUGAUGGAGUCUGGGGUGACAGUGGGAACGUGGGGAGUCGGAUUGGGACGUUGGAGAUGUGAGGGUGGGGUGUUUGUAGUAGAGAGGAUAGAGUAUGUGAUGAGUGUGGUACGUUCGCCUGGCAACUGGCUCAAUAACAAUAGACGUAUACAUCAUGUGUGCUAUCAAGCAAGUACUCCCUCUACGACAAGACCAAGAACGUGUGCAGACGAAUAUAAUUGAGCACCCUUAUCACGUCGCCGCACCACGUCCUCUCUCCUCCUCUACCCCUAUCAUCUUGGCCCCUCCUAUAAGAUAUAUGUGUACUUCGAAUGUAUU